AUGACCACAAGGACAGCAGCCUACAUGCUUCUCGCAGGCCUGGUAGCCCACGCUGCCCCGGUACCCGAGACAUUCUCCUACGAGCCACCAUUCAAGCGCGACUACAAUGAUGGCGAAGGGAUCCCUUGGGAGGACAUGACCCCUGGGCAGAAAAAGGGGACCAUCGCAGCCUAUACCAUCUUCGGCAUCUUCUUUAUGGCUGUCUUGACUUUCAUCCUGGUUGGAUGGGCGAGUCUGCCGUCUGAAAUCACAGUAGAGCAUAACGCCGCCAGCGGCAUCGGAGCACUCCCCACCGCCACCUGGGGCAUGGUGAAGGCCUGUUCCGCCAACACGGGCGAGUGGGCCACUGGAGCGUGGGGAGCGAUAGCAGCCCGCUCAAAGGCACUCUUCGCCAAGAAGCCCAGGCCAAUCCGUGACUCCAACCCGCUUGUUCUCGACGAGGUCAAGGGAGAUCCCGAGCACGGUGACAUCGAGAAGGGCAGCCUCAUCAAAGUCGCUUCGGAGAAGUACCCCACACCCUUCAGCGAGUGCGACAAAGCCAGCCUCAUGAGCGACGAGUCAACCAUCGCACCAAGCUACCACACCCACGAGGGCGACAUUGGCACGUACGCUUCGUGCGAGAAGUGCGACUGCAAGGAGCAUCAUUAG